AUGACAACAUCCCAUUCUCAACCACUUCCUCCCAAAUAUUUACAAGAUGAUGGCUUAAGUGAAGAGUGUAAGAAAUUGCUCUCAAUCCUACCCAAAGAAAAAGGAUUGGUUGGAUCACAUAGUUACAACUACCAAGGUUUUUGGGUAUCACCAAGAAUAAUACAAGGUGUGAUUGCAUGCCAAAAACAAUUUCAAGCUCAAGAUAGUGAUAUCAUCCUUGUUACCACUCCUAAAUCAGGUACUACCUGGUUAAAAGCACUCGUGUUCGCUCUAGUGAACCGAAUUCGCUUUCCUCUUUCAGGACAAAAUCAUCCUUUGCUAGUCAAGAACCCUCAUGCUCUUGUUCCUUUCUUGGAACUUAAGCUUUAUGUUGAUGGCCAAGUUCCUGAUUUCUUGUCCUUCACCACUCCUAGGUUGUUGGCAACACAUUUGCCAUAUGCUUCAUUGCCAAAAUCUGUCCAAAAUUCGGAAAGCAAGCUCAUUUACCUGUGUAGGAAUCCGAGGGACACUUUUAUUUCAAUGUGGCAUUUCACAAACAAUUUAAGAUCUCAUUACAAAGAUACCAAUUCAAUUGAAGAAAUGUUUGAUCUUUUCUGUAAGGGGGUGAGCCUUUUUGGUCCUUUUUGGGAUCACGUGUUAGAUUACUGGAAAAAAAGUUUAGAAAAACCUACUAGAGUACUUUUCUUGAUGUAUGAAGAAAUUAAAGAGAAACCCGAGAUUCAACUGAAAUGCUUAGCUGAAUUCUUGGAAUAUCCAUUUUCUGAAGAGGAAGAAACAUCAGGAGUGGUGAAUGAAAUCUUGAAAUUGUGUAGCUUUGAAAAUUUGAGCAACUUGGAGGUGAACAAGAAUGAGAAAUGGCCAACUGGAGAGGAUCAUAAAUUGUUCUUUCGUCGAGGCGAAGUUGGAGAUUGGAAGAAUUACUUUACAACUGAGAUGAUGGAGAAACUGGAUAACAUCAUUGAACAAAAGUUCCUAGGAUCUGGAUUAAGUUUUUAUUACAGUUAAUAUAGCAUUAAUGUACAAUGCUAUUGCAUGCACUUAUUUCUUUUGAAAAUCAAUGUUGGAAGGUUAAUGUUUGAGAUUAUUACAGGAA